GCCGAUUCGGACUCCGCCGCCGAAGCUUCUCAACCGAGCGUGUUCACUAUUUCCCAACAGAGAGCCCGAAUCUUGACCGACUUGCCCCGGCCAAUUCACCUUCAUUCCCCUCUGUGUGUACGGACAAGCUCACGGCAGCCAGCCUCUCAUCACACAAUGGCGACAAAGGAACCUCUGAGCUCGAAAAAGUACAUUGACGGGAUUUACAUCCCCGCCGGUCUGCUGGUCGUCGGUGUUGCCAUUGUCAAGAAGGAAUGGCUCCCGUACGCCGUCCUCGUCACCCUCGCGCUGAGCGCCAUCAAGUUCCUGAGGAGCCAACCCAAGAAGACCCUCAAGCCUGAUAUUUUCCAAGAGUUUGAGCUCAAGGAGAAGACCAUCCUGUCCCACAACACCGCCAUCUACCGCUUCAACCUGCCGAGCUCAGAGCACAUCCUCGGCCUCCCCAUCGGCCAGCACAUCUCCAUCGGCGCCGUGCUGCCCCAGCCCGAUGGCACGACCAAGGAGAUCGUGCGGUCCUACACCCCCAUCAGCGGCGACGAGCAGGCCGGCUACUUCGACCUGCUGAUCAAGUCGUACCCCACCGGCAACAUCAGCAAGCACCUCGCCUCCGUCAACGUCGGCCAGACCAUCCGCGUGCGCGGGCCCAAGGGCGCCUUCAACUACACCCCCAACAUGGUCCGCCACUUCGGCAUGAUCGCCGGCGGCACCGGCAUCACCCCCAUGCUGCAGGUCGUCAAGGCCAUCAUCCGCGGCCGCAAGGCCGGCGACCGCACCGAGGUCGACCUCAUCUUCGCCAACGUCACCAAGCAGGACAUCCUGCUCAAGGAGGACCUCGACGCCCUCGCCGCCGAGGACAAGGGCUUCAGGGUCCACUACGUCCUGGACAAGCCCCCUGAGGGCUGGACCGGCGGCGUUGGCUACGUCACCGCUGAUAUGAUCCAGAAAUGGCUCCCCAAGCCCGCCGACGACGUCAAGAUCCUGCUCUGCGGCCCUCCCCCCAUGAUCAGCGGCUUGAAGAAGACUACCGAGGCCAUCGGUUUCAAGAAGGCCAGGCCCGUGAGCAAGCUCGAGGACCAGGUCUUCGCAUUCUAAGAGCCUACGCGACGGAUGGAUCGGACGUCGAUACGCUCAGUCAGCACACGGUCAGCCUUGUGCCAGACCGAACUUGUCGGGGCUUGUAGAAACUCCGGGGAACGCGGAAACCUCGGCACUUGGGGAUGGACCCGGAAGCUCCGGCUUCCGAGUCAUGUAUAUGGUUUCCUCAAGCGGUGUAUAAUGCUAAAACGGAUACCGACCGGCCUACGCUCGAGAAAUCGGGCUGCAGCGAUUGAGAGAAGCACAUGCAAUUGGUCUAGGCGAAUGGAGACAUUGGGGAUGGGAUCUGAUCAAAAGUUUAGAGAGAAAUAUACUAGAAGCGGAUAUAAUAUGCUUCGAAACACCGACGCCCGGAAACCCCGUUAAACCCGUGUUGUUCCCAGUUCGAGCCCUCUCCGCUGCCCUACUGCUGCUUCUUCUCCAGCCCCUUCAUCUGCUGCUGCGGGCCAUAUCCCGUCUUGAGGUACACGGAGAGAAGCUUCCACGCGAUCCACCCGAACCCGAGCAGGACUACAGCGGCCGUGCCGGCGCUGACCCAGGCGGACUUGUCCACGUCCAGCACUGGCACGCGCACCUCGCUGAGCAGCCUCGCGGCCCCGUCCGCCGGCGCCGGGUCGACGUGCCAGAAGACGGUGCGCGGUCCAAACAGCCCGUCGUAGCCGAGGUUGACGCGCUCGAACGGGCUCGCGGGGAACUUGGUGCCCUCCUCGGUCGUGCAGGCCCAGAACACGGCCGGGUGCGGCAGGUGCGCCGUGCGGUAACCCCCCGGCGCGGGGCUGAGGUAGCGCAGGUGGAGCGGCACCUCUGCCGUCCAGUCCGACUUCUCCGGGUCUGCCGUCGGCGGCGCAAGCUCCAGCAGUGCGGCCGAGCCCCACGGCUUCAGGACAUAGUCGGGGGCCUCGAGGUCGACGGGCUGCGAGAUGUAGCGCAGGGCGGUCAGGUUCUUGGAGGCCAGGAACAGCGGGUCGGCUAGCUGGUACUUGUCGGCGAAGAUGGCCCGUGGCAGGGUCAGGUGGGCGUGCAGCGAGCAGUGGGAGGAAGAGCCACCCUCCCCGUCAGUACCCAAGUCCGGGGGCGAUGCGGCAGAGGCACCGUGGAGCCGGAGCUGUAGCGUGGGGUGGAGGCCCGUGGGCUGCAGGAAGGCGGCGGAGAAGGAGGCGCCAUCGACGCGCCUGUGGCGGGCUGGGAACUUGAAGAUGGUGGCGGAGGGCUUCUUGUCCUGGCUCAGGACUGUGAGCGAGCCCGAGAGCCCCAGCUCAUGCGGCUCUAUGCCGUGGGGCUUGUCCGUGGCGAGGAUGCCGACCUCGACACGGUGGUUGCUGGCCUCGGGUGCGACGACGCGCAGAGGCUGUUCUUGGAAGCCCCAUGUCCCGGUCACCUUGAGUGCGUGGGAGAUGGUGUCGUAAGAGAUAUCCAGGGAGUUGGCGGUGGACAGCAACUCAACGCGGGAGGCGCAUGAUGAGGUGGCGGAGGACGAUGAUGCAGAUGCUGGCAAGGGGCAGACAUCCUUGCCAAGGUAUUCAGUGAAGAGCGAGAGGUCAUCCAGGGGCUGAUAAUACUGAAAGGCGGUAGAGUGAGAGAAGCGGUCGCUCGGCAGUGAGGUGAAGGACUCCUGGUGCCAUGUUAGCGAGCGGCCCGGGGAGUGUGGUGUUGGGACGUUUCAUAGCAUAAAAGUACCUUUGGCGUAUCA